GAGAGAGAGCGAGAGAGAGACACUUGCAGCAAAGUCAAGGGAGGCCCCAGUCAGUAUCAUGUGCAGGGCUGAUGUCCUGACAACCAAAACAGAGACAUCUGUGUGAAGUGGAGGUCAGCAGAAGCACUGAUGCAGCCUCAGUCACCGUCCCUCUUCCUUCUCACACACACAGACACACACACGCAGAGGGAGUGUAAUUUCAGUGUGUUUGGUUUGAUCUCUGUCUCUCUCUGCAUACAUGCGGUGACAUCAUGUCACUCUUUUGCAGGAAAGCAGAAGUGAAACAGAAAGAGGAAGCACGAGAGGCAAAGGACGAGUAUAUCAAGAGGAAAACAGUGAGACAGAGACAAAUCACAGGCUGGACAAAGACCCCCCCCCCCAUACCAGCGACCCCUGCACGCUGAGAGAGAGAACAGCUGCUGGGCUACUGGAAGAGCUGAGAGACAGUCAAGGGGAGUGCUGCUCCACUAAUCCCCCGGGGAGGGAGGGAGGGAAAGGCUUCAAUAGGAUCCAUGCCAUUUUCUUUCAGCCCUACCAUCCUCCUACCCCCCCCUCCUGCUCUAAUAAUGAUGAUAUUACUGUGGAGCAGCGAGGAACAGCUGGAUUGACCGCACACAUGCACAAGCAUAUAAGUCUUUAACACACUGCGUGCAUUGUGGGGAGUUUUCAGUGAGGUGUGUUGUUUUCACACAGGUUUUGGAAAGAGCACGCCCUCUUGUGAGAUAUUGUGAGAACACAACUGAAGCAACAGUUUCCAGGAGGUAGUUUCUGCAAAGAAGAUUCAAACUUCAAGCUUUUUUUCAGUUUUAUUUACUAUUAUUGACGAGCAAGUGCUUUAUGAUAUGAUACAGUUUUGUUAUUGUAUAUUUACACACACGUAUCAUUUACACUCUCAUAGGGGGCAGCGCAUGGUAUCAUGUGCCCGAGGACAGGGGAUCAAACCACUGACCGCCUGACUACUGGACGACUCGCCCUGUGUCCUUCCACCCGGCGAGGAAGCGAGUGAGAGAUACAGAACUGAGGAUGCAGGACACUCUAGUGCGAGUGUUUGUUGUGGCUUUGGGUCUCCUCUUAUGUCCGAGGGAUGACCCCGGGGUGGAGGAGGAAUGGAUUAACAUCAUCACGGUCGACAUGCACAAGCACGAAGAGCGGCUGCUGAAGGAGGAAGUGAAAUUGCACCAGGAAACGUCACCUGUCAGUGAGAAAACCACACACGCUGACAACAAAGGGCUUCAGAAUAUGAUGAAAAGUGUUCCUGUGAGACAAAAUCAGCUUGGUCAACAUGCUACUGACAACCGAGUCUCAGAUGAUGUGAUUGUCACUAAGCAGUACUCAGAUUUGGAUCCAAGUCAGCUGCAAAAGUCCACAAGUGAACCUGAGAUUGCUCUAAAGACUUCACAAACUGACCCUUUUCAAGACUCAAUCGAACCUCAAGAGCAACAAGGAAAGCCUGAGGUGGAAAAGUCGAGGUCCGUCCAAACCAAGAUGUCAGAAAAUGACUCUUCAGAGAGAGCCACGGCUGACUGGGGAGAGGAUUACGUUCGGUACGUGUGGAAUAUGUUCUCCGUCAUUUCCUUGAUCCACUUCUUCAUGAAAUACUUGAAGAGAAUUUCCCCGGGAAAACAAUGUGACGCGAGGACAUUCCCAGUGACCUGCAUCGCUAGUGACAUGCCUCUGCCUGAUAGUGACACUCUACAGAGUUUUCACUGCAAGUGUGUUCAUGCUUCCCCUGAAAACAAGUGGAGGGAGAGGGAAUUUCUAGAAGGGUUCAUAAAUGACAUGGUGGAAGCCAUGAGGACUCUUUGUGAUGGAAAUGGAGGCAUGAUAAUUGAGGACCAUCAGAUGAUCAGUGCACGUGAUAUCAUUGUUCCUUUCAGCCCGGCCGAGCCGUAUAGUUUUCAGUGCGUGCUUCGGGAUAACCAAGUGAGUGACCUGCUGCCAGAUUUGCAAGUCUGUGGUCAAAUAAAACUGGUGGAAAAUCAGAUCAUCCAAAAUGGCUGCCAGUGCCAGUCUUCCCACAAAGAUGAGGAUGUGGUUUGCCUGCUGCAGUGCGAGAACGAGAAAGCACAAACGAAAAUGACUGAAGUGCGCGAUGGCCAUCUUUGCUUGAAGAACACGCCAUUUCUAUCAAAGUCUCAGGUUACCAGGUGGUUUCAGAGCAAGAUCAAAGAAUCGUGGGCACAAAUCUCACACAAGUACGACUUUGAACUCAGCAUUCGCUACAUUGAUGCUCCGGGAGCUCUGCUUGUUAGAUUCAGAUCAGGGAAGAGGAUUUCCUUCACCAUGAACCCUGCAGUUAAAUUCAACACCCAGUCUCAUUUCUACAUUACACCUUACUCCCCAGACAACUUGGACACUUUCUGGAUGCUCUCCCUCACAGCAUAUGAAGAUCAACUCUUGGAAAGGCUCUCUAAAAGCCUGCCUCAAAACCCCUGCCACAUGCAGACUCUGGAAAUUGCAUGUUUUCUUCACAAGAGACAAACAGCAUUGUCAGGAAGUAGUGUGCUGAAGUCAUUUCACUUCAAAACUGCCCUCAUGCAUCUGCUCCUCACUAGAGAAGCAUCACUGUGGAUACCAGACCGUGUGGCAUGUAGAGUAAGAGACUUGCUGGUCUUUAUGGAGAGAAGCCUUGAGAAAAAGCUCCUGCAACAUGUUUUAAUUGGAAACCCCCUUGCACAGAAGAUUAUACUUCUCCCUGAAGAGUUCACACAAGCAAAGCCAGUGAAUCUCUUCCAUCCCCUUGUGGUAGACCGCUGCACUUACAGAAAUGCCAUUAAGCAUUUCCAGGAAAUGGUUAGAAAUGCACACAUGCUGAUACAAGAUUAUGUUGGUGUGCAUUAUCCAAGCAAUGAAGAGGUCAGUAGUUAA